AUGGUGUGGAAGAAUUUUAUUCAUUAUGUAAUCAAUAAGUAUCUGAAAAAUUAUAUUGAACGACUGGAUUAUGAAAAGCUAAAGCUUAGCUUAAAAACUGGUCAUGUUAACUUGGAUAAUCUUCGUUUAAAACCAGAAGCAUUGGCAUACUUCAAUAUACCUGCAACUGUCGCAGUUGGAUACAUUGAACGACUUCAAAUAACUAUUCCAUGGAUGCAUUUGAAUACCAAAGCAACUGAAGUUCAUCUCAGUGGACUUUAUCUAUUAAUUGUUCCUAAAAGUGAAUUAAGUCCGGAUUUGAAUGAACAUUAUUCAGAGAAAAUGGCACGAGUCCAACAAAAACUGGAAAACCUACGAAAAUCUGAUCCAGAUAACGGAAAGAUUUACAAUCGAGAAGUUCCAUUCGUUGAAAAAAUGCGACUACAAAUCAUGCAAAAUCUUGUUAUUACUGUUGAAAAUGUUCAUAUCAGUUACGAGAUGAAAUCAUCGACAAAACUAGGACAUCCAUUCUCGUUCGGUAUCACCUUGCAUUAUUUAGAAAUACAGACCGCAACUAAUGUUCUACUAAGUCGACGAAUUGAAGGGAACACACUUUUAGUUUACAAAAUCAAAGAGAUGAGAUCUUUGUCGAUCUAUUGGAAUACAAAAUGUCAAUCAAGAUUCGAUAUACCAUUCAACGAUGUUGUGAAUGAUUUGAAGUCAAAAGUAGCAACAGAUCAAAACAAACCCAACAAUGCUGAUAUGAAUUAUAUUCUUCGUCCGAUGGAUAUUAUAACAGAAUGUGUUGUUGUAUUAAAACCGAAAGAAAGUUAUUAUGAGCGAACACGGAUGUAUUGUGACAUUCAAGUUGAAAAAGUCAACAUUUUCGUGAAUUCCGAACAGAUCUCGGACAUCUUAGCAUUUAUUAAAGUGCAAAACUAUACCACUUUCUUCGAUCGCUGUCGUGAAUAUCGUCAGUUGUUAAUGCAACAAUCAUUAGGCAGACACCCAAUAACAGAGGAACAAAAACAACGUAUUUAUUUUCUUGAAAUGAAAUUGGAUGUUUUCAAUUUGGCAUAUAUCAAACAUAAAGUAGAACUGGAAGUCAAUAUUCUCCAUCCGCCAACCAAAGAUCAAAAAUUCGAUCAACAAGGCAUUAAUUCUACUACUCGUCAAAACCGUUGGAAAUCACUAUCGAAAGUCAAACAUGGUUUCAACCAUAUCACCAAAGUUAUCGAUCAAGUGAAGACAACCAUAGCCACAACAGCUGCAGCAUUUGCUGAAAAUGAACAAGAAUACUAUUACGAAGAUUCACCUAAAAUUGACGUGGAACUCAUUGUAAACAAAACUGAUUUGAAUAUCAUGCAAAACAAUGAAUUAAUUGCAUAUAUCUGCGUAACGGAUAUUUGGAUGAACAUUAAACGAAUGUCUGUUUCAAGAAGUAUUGAAUGUAUGAUUGAUUUACAAACAGCGCACAUCUAUGGUAUGCAAUCGAAUAAAGAACAACGACCGAUACUGAUCAUGGGAACAAUGUCGACAUUUUCUCCGUUUGUUCAUGUGGAAUUCGAAUUAUUUCCUGCGGAUAAAAAAUCUGACUAUCGCCUUCAUUUGGUCAUGCAACCACUUAAAGUUUUCUACGAUGAAAUUAUAUUCAAUUGGCUCGUUGACUGCUUUUCAUCGAAAGAUAAGUUAGAAUGGCAUCCACAAACAAAAGCCAAACAAAACGCAGAUCUAUCACCAAAGAAAAUCUUUAACAUACAUAUGAAUCUGAAGAAAACUGCCUUGUUUUUAAUGCAAAAUAAUGAUACAAAACAAAAUUUCUCGACAAUUCGUGUUCAAUUUAACGAACUAACUUUAAAAUCCUCUUCGGACAGGAAGGCAAUUGACAACGAUCUCUUUCAAGACAAUCCCGAAGAUCGAAAGUUUUACGCAAAAUAUCAAUUUGAAUUAAGUGAUCUGCGAAUUGAUUAUUCCGACUUAAAUAAGAAUCGUUUGUACAUUCUCCGACGAUCACCAUUGAUUGACAUUUGCUUUUACAAAUGUAAUUAUUCACAUCAUCCAACUUUAACAAAAUGGCGUAUUGGUUCGAAGAUUGCACUUGGAGAUAUUCAAUUGUCGGAAGUAACUGUGAAUAAACUAAUGCCACAUUUAGAAUCUUUAUCAGUCUUGCGUCCGAAAUUACUUGUGAUCUUACGGAGAAUCAACCGAUACUUUGUUAUCUUUUCACCUCAGACGUCUUUGAUCAGUGAUGUAAGAAUUUAUAAUUGUUUUCUUCGACUUCUUAUGUAUCCGCCAACAUUGAUUCGGACAGAUUUUCAGAUCUAUACUUCAAAGGCAAUAUCUGAGAGCAAAAGAGACCGAGAUGCAAUUAUUACUUUGAACAAUCCAACAAUGAUACGUCGCAGUUCUUCAACAAUUCAACAAUCGUCAGAAAUUUCAUUUGGGCAUAAUUAUAUUAGGUUAACUUACUCAACACCUUCAUUGGAACUUCCUUGA